AUGUAAAGUGUAACCUCUAUAGAAGUACCCACGAAUUUGCUGAAAAUGCCAAUAAUUAAGAAUAAGGAUAUUAUGGAGAAAAAAUAUGAAUAUGAUAAAGUUGGAAAGAAUUAAAAUGUUAUUGUUGAACCUGCAGUAGUUAAAUUUUGUGGUUUUGAAAUUGGCAAACUAAAUGAGAUUAAAGUGAAAGUUAUCAAUAAAAAUAAACAACCUCAAAGGAUCUAUGUGUUUCCUCCAAAAUCAGAAAUAUUUAAUGUCAAAUUUGAUAAAAAAGGUGCUAUUCCCAGUGGAAUGGCAGAAGAGCUUUAUGUUUAAUUCAAACCUUAAGAAUAUAAAUACUUUUACGAUGUUAUAAGAAUCAACACUCAAGACGAUACUUUGCUUAUACCUAUACAUGCUUAUCCUGCCCUCAGUCGAGAUGGAUUAAGAGAAUUAUUUCCUCGUCUAAUUGACUUUGGCACUUUGGACAUAGGCGAGUCAUAAACAUAUAGCUAUCCGAUAUAAAGUAAAGUGCCCCUGAAUUUCGAGUUUGAAUUCAGCAUUACAAAAGAUUGUCAAGACAUCAAAAUUGAUCCAAUCAAAGGAAUUGUGCCAGGCAAAGGAGCAAUUGAUAUUUCCAUUACCUAUUGUCCAUAAGUGAAUGUCACAGAAAUUAUGGAAGUUGAACUUAAAAUUGCUUAAUUUGAUUUUGAACCCUUGUGUAUAAAAAUUAUGGGAUCUGGUAGAUUCCCUGAAAACAAAAAAGCCAUGAGACCUAGUUCAACGAAAAAAUUAAAAUCUAUUACCAAUUCCUCUAGAGCUAAACUUCUAUAGAAUACUUAAGAGAUUCCUGUUGGACAGAGUCCAAAACCUGGAGAAACAGAAUAGGUUGAGAAUCAAAUAUAAGAACGAUCAAAAACCUUGAAAAUGACCAAGAGCAAUAAAUUAAAAAGAUCUCUUUCUCAAUAACAAGAGUCUACUGAAAACAUGGGAAAUGAUAAAUUAAAAGGCAGACAAUUAUUAGAAAAAUCAUAUUUAGAUCAUUUUAAUCAAAUCCAAAGUUUGGAUAAGGAAAAAGAAAUGAGAUUUUUUUAAUGUGUCGGAGAUCCACCAAUAACUGAAACUCAAGUAGAUGACAUUCUACUAGAAAGACAAUAAUAUCUUAAUAACUAUCUAGAUGAUGUUUAAGCCAAAGGAACAACAAGAUAUAAAUUAUAGAUUAAUGCUGAUAGCACUGUUGUUGAUUACAUUCUCCCUGAAAAUUAAUUGAGUUGGGAUUUAGAUAAGAAUGACACUAUGAAAAUCAAAAAGCUUAACUUGAGAAAAUUUGUAUGUGCAGCUAGCAGAAUUAUCUAUAAAUUAAGAAUGGAAAAAAGAUUGUCGAAGUUAAAGGCGUUUUUAAAAGGAGCAACAACAAGAGCAGAAGUCAAAUAACUAGUGAAUUUGGAUUGCCAAAAAGCAGAGCAUUCAGGUGUCGGUAAAAAAGAUUUUGUUAAAUUCACCUUUGAAUUCAACUCAGACAAUCUUGGAGUAUUGAAAUUACCAGUUCAAUAUUCAGAAUCCAAUACAAACUCAUAAUUUAAAUAUACCAUCACACCAUAAACUGGUUUUGAUGAUCUAGCUCCUUUUGAUGAAUUGCCAAGUGAUGAUUGUGAAAUCAUGUAAUAUAAAGUGUGGGAACCUCCUUAAAUUGUGUAUCAUCCACCUGUAAUUGAUAAACCUUUAAGGGAUGGAGCGGAAGAGGAAAAAUCCCUUAGAGGUAUAAUGGGUCCUGUCACUUAAAUACUUUAAACUUAAAAUGAUAAUAUUGUCAGGAACAUAUAUUCUAAACCUCCUGAAGUGGAAAGCUAUCAAAUACUUAAAGCAAAUAAGACAUUAAGAUUAUAUCAAUAAUUUAAUGAUGGUACUCCUUUGAAUACAUUCUAUCCUCUUAUGUUUAGUAAAGUGAAUGGAGUUGGGGCUGAUCUGGAUCCUGAUAUUGCUUAGAAUCAUUAGGUUUUAAAGCAAGAAUUCAUCAAUAGAACACCAGGCUACCAAAAUCUAAAUUUAUUGUAUGAACUUCCUUUGGAUCAAUUCUUUUAUUAAGAAAAAAAUAUGCAAUUGGCUUAUGAUUAUGGUUUUGAUGAAUAAAUUGAAUUUUAUUGUCCAACAAUAAUGGCAGAAAAAGAAUUGGAUGAUCAUAUGACAGAUGAUGAUAGUGAUGAAGAUAAACCUCCUCAAAUAAAUGUGAUAGAUUAGAAUGACUGGCUUACUAAACUUGAAUAAGAUGAUAAAACUAUAACUAAUUUGAGACAAUCAGAAAUUAUUGACUCUUUUGAGCAACUUAAAGAAAAAUUAGAUUCAAAUUUAACUUUGGAAAAGAAUAAAUGGAUUUCAACAGUUCCUUCAAAAACUAAUGACUUUAAUAAGUUUAUUGUUAGAAAUGAAAAUAAAAUGGUCAUAUUGUGA